AUUGCAGCGCAUUCGACCAGACGGUUUGAGUAAAGACAUUUUAUAAAUGAAUGGACUUUAAUGAAGCCGGAAAUGAGUUUUCCACGUGUUUGUUGAUAUCAAGUGAUAUCAGGCUGGCAGUCGCUGUUAAGGCAGCAGAGCAAUGUGCGCUGCUGCGUAAGCAUUUUCCAGCUGUUUCUGGCAGUCUUGGCAUACCAUCACACUGGGCUGUAAUUGGAAGCACUGCACUCGAGAUUAUUAUGUCGGCGGGGUUUGGUUGGGAGACGAAAAGGGACCUUUAAAGUCCCAUAGAAAGAAGAUUUUAGCAGCCAGACAGGAUGGAUAAUAGACGGGAAAAGAAGCUGACAUUCAUCACUAUUGGACUCAUUUUUCUUCUAAGCGGUGUGGAGUAUGCUGUAAUUUUACCCACAAUAUGGAGUUACUUGCAGACUCUGGAUGCAGCACCUUACUUCCUGGGAUUGGUCCUGUCAGCAUUCAGCCUGAGUGGCCUACUGUCCGGACCGCUGUUUGGCCACUGGUCUGACAGAACACGAUCAACAAAGAAGAUCAUAUUGUUUGCCAACAUCUUUGAGAUAGUUGGUAAUUUUAUGUACUUGAUGGGCUACUCAAAGUGGCUUCUACUGUCAAGCAGAUUGGUAGCAGGCAUCGGUGCAGGUGUUAGCUCGUCCAUCUUUGGCUUCUUAACCAGGAGUACGGCCCCAGAGGACCGUGCCACUGUAUUUGCUGCUUUCAUGGCGUGUCGGCAGGCCGGCCUUGUGAUUGGUCCAGCAUUUAACAUCUUUCUGAGAUUGUGUGAUUUCCACAUGGGUCCCUUUGUAAUCAAUAAAUAUACUGCCCCCGGGCUGUUUAUGUGUCUGCUGUGGAUUCUCCUUCAAUUCGUGGUUGUUUUCCUGACUGUGGACCUGCCACCCCUUGAGAAGGGGAAGGCCAGGAAUAAUUUGACGAGAAACAACCGAGAGAAAGAGAAUGGGGUUGUGGAAGAUGAGGAAGAGAGCGAUGAAGAGGGAAAGCCUCUAAUAGUGUCUCAGGAGCUGAUGGGGUCCUACGGCUCUGUCUUGGCAUUCAGUCCACCCAGGAACACCACGUUGAAUCAUAUUACUUCACCUAACUCUCCUGUAGACUCUACUUCACCAGUAGAGGCUUCUGGUGCCUUUAAGAAUUUCAGCAUUUCUCGAGAGUUCCUGAGAGAAGAAGUGAUUGUGCUGCUGGCUGCCCAAUUUGUCACCUUCUUCAAUCAAACAGCUCUGGAGACCAUGGUGACCCCUCUGACGCAGAAAUAUUUUAACUUUGGGGAGCUUGAGAACAGCGUGAUGUACUUUCUGGGUGGUGUAGUGGUGAUCGCUGGCUUCCUGUUUGUGCGCUGGCUGAGCCGCCAUGUUACAGAACGGGUGAUCCUUGCCAUUGGUCUGUGCAUGUGUAACGUCUCCUGUGUCUGGUGCCUCGUCUUCUUGGCUAACCCUCUAGGUGGCUUUUCAUGGCAGCUGACAGAGUUCAUCAUUGGGGUGUUUCUACAGAUUUUGGGUUUGCCGUUUGUGUCUGUUGCCCAAGUUUCUCUGUUUUCCAAAAUUACUGCUGAAAAAACACAAGGUUUCAGUCAGGGAAUACGGCGUUCAGUGGGGGGCCUGGCCACCAUCCUGGGCCCUCUGUGGGCUGGUGGACUUACCGAGAACAUGUAUGUCAUGAUGGGGAUGAUGAUGGUACUGCUGGCACUGCUAACGAUGAUGCUGGUCUACUCAUACAACCGGCUGGUGGAACCUGCUGUACAGGAGCACAUGGACAAUUCGGAAAACUUAAAUUAGCAAGUGGCUUUUGGAGGAAAAGUGAUUGAAGGAGAAAACUGGGAGCUUCACGAUCUGUGCUUUUCAUCCCUCCUCAGUCUCACUUUCUGCAUCAAGACCAUCAUGUAGAGUAAUAACACACACCAGAAGCACAAAAUUCAUUGCCUAAAUGUUGGCUCUGCCUGUGCAGACGCUGAUCUGAUGCAGUUUAGUUUGGUAUAUUUCCUAUGGAAACACAGAAUCCUACUGUACAUGCAAGUGUUAGAUUAAAAAAGGUCCAUACCAACAUUCUGCCUGUGCUUUAGCACAUACUGCAUCAUGUUUACUGUUAAAUUAUUUUUAUUCCAAAUGUUGUGGAUUUGCACUGAGGUCUGUAUAUGUAUGUAUAUUUAAACACUGGCACAGUUUGCAUUAGUUAAACUUUUGUCAUCAAUAUGGGAUUAAAUUGGUGACUUGUGGCAUUUUUUGAGGGUAUUUACAUCCAAAAGUUUAGGGAUUAUGGCUUCUUAUGACGUUGCCCCCUUUUUGUUUUUUCAAGGGACUAAAGGUAAUUUGUGAAAUUGCCUUUUUCAUGGACAGGUGUGGGCUGUUCCUUCAUUAUUUUUGCAUUAGUUAAGCAGUUAAAAGGUCCUAAGUUAAUUUCAAUUUGCAUUUGGAAACUGUGCAUGAGCUCUGCCACAUGAAAAGGCCACAGAAGACAUCAGUGGUUGUGGUUAUCACAGAACCGCAGUAAAUGUCAUUAUCUGGUGAGUCCGUCAUUGAAGACUUCACAAACAUUUAAUCAGCCUCACGAAUAGAAAGGCCAGAUUAUACUUUGGUAAAACAACAUCGAAAAUUAUGAUUUUCAUUUUAAUUAAGGAUUGUGUUCCUUUGUCCAAUUACACAGCGCCUCUGACAAUAGAGGACUGUAUAUAAACACAGCUAUAAUUACUCAGAGAUUAUUUUCUGUAUAGUUGAAUCUCAACUGGUUAAUCUCGAAUGAAUAUGUAUUCAUUUGAGUGAAUAUAGUCAUUCGAAUGAAUAUCUAUCUAUCUAUCUCUCUCUCUCUCUCUCUCUCUCUCUCUCUCUCUCGC